AGGGCGCGGGGCUGGAGUUGAAUGAUUGAACUUUCCAGCAGAGUUGCGGCGGCCGCCAGGUUCCCGGCAGUGCGGCCCCGGCGCGGAGCUGGGAGCCUCGGCCAGCGCCCGGCGCCCGCGCCCCUGACCCGCAGCCAUGGUGCCCGGGGCGCCCGGAGCGACCCUGACCCUCUGCCUCUGGCUGGCGGUCUCCGGGGGCUGCCUAGCUGGCGGCCCCGGCGCAGCGGCUGCUCGGCGGCUGGACGAGUCCCUGUCGGCUGUGAGCGUCCAGCGCGCCCGCUGCUCCUCCAGGUGCCUCAGCUUGCAGAUCACGCGCAUCUCCGCCUUCUUCCAGCACUUCCAGAACAAUGGUUCCCUGGUUUGGUGUCAGAAUCACAAGCAAUGUUCUAAGUGUCUGGAACCGUGCAAGGAGUCCUGGGACCCACGGAAGCAGCAGUGCCAGAGUUUCUGUGAGCCUCUGUUCCCCAAGAAGAACCACGAAUGCCUGACUAGCUGUGAGUUCCUCAAGUACAUCCUGUCGGCGAAGCAGGGAGACUGCCCGGCCCCUGAGAAAGCCAGUGGAUUUGCCGCCGCCUGUGUGGAAAGUUGUGAAGCUGACAACGAGUGCUCUGGGGUGAAGAAAUGUUGUUCGAACGGAUGUGGGCACACCUGCCAGGUGCCCAAGACACUGUACAAAGGGGUCCCCCUGAAGCCCAGAAAAGAGUUACGGUUUACAGAACUGCAGUCUGGACAGCUGGACGUUAAAUGGUCCUCGAAAUUCAACAUUUCCAUUGAGCCCGUGAUCUACGUGGUACAGAGAAGGUGGAAUUACGGAAUUCAUCCUAGCGAAGAUGAUGCCACACAGUGGCGGACGGUGGCCCAGACCACAGAUGAGCGGGUCCAGCUGAUGGACAUACGACCCAGCAGGUGGUACCAGUUCCGAGUGGCGGCUGUCAACGUGCAUGGGACCCGGGGCUUCACGGCCCCCAGCAAACACUUCCGCUCCUCCAAAGAUCCAUCGGCACCACCCGCUCCGGCCAACCUCCGGCUUGCAAAUGCCACCGUCAACAGUGACAACACCGUGACCGUGGCUGUCGUGUGGGAUCGUCCCGAGGAACCAGACAUCCCCGUGCACCACUACAAGGUGUUCUGGAGCUGGACAGUCAGCAGCAAAUCCCUCGUCCCCACAAAAAAGAAGCGAAGGAAGACCACGGAUGGGUCCCAGAAUUCCGUGCUCCUGGACAGACUCCAGCCAGACUACAGCUACACCGUGGAGCUGCAGGCCAUCGCGUACUGGGGGCAGACGCGCCUGAAGGGGGCCAAGGCCUCCCUGCACUUCACGCCCUCGCAUGCCGCCAGCCACAAAGAGCAACUUGGGAAGACAAGAAAGAGCGCAAUGCACAUGCAGCCCCCUUUCCAACGACGACGGCCCACGCGCCUCCUGGAAAUCGGGGCCCCCUUCUAUCAAGACAACCAACUGCAGGUGAAGGUCUACUGGAAAAAGACCGAAGAUCCCGGCGUCAGCCGAUACCACGUGCAGUGGCUGCCGGAGGCCUGUGCCCACAACAGGAGCACCGGAGCAGAGGCCUCUUCUGGCAUCACCCAGGAAAAUUAUAUAAUUCUGCAAGAUCUGUCAUUUUCCUGCAAAUACAAGGUGACCGUCCAGCCGACUCGGCCCGCGGGCCGCUUGAAGGCAGAGACCGUUUUCUUCACGACUCCACCGUGCUCGGCCCUGAAGGGGAAAAGCCACAGGCACGUUAGCUGCCCCGGCGAAACGGGUCACGUGCUGGCCAAAGUGCUGGCCAAGCCCGAGAACCUGUCUGCCUCAUUUGUCGUCCAAGAUGUGAACAUCACGGCCCACUUCUCCUGGAAGAUGGCCAAGGCCAACCUCUACCAGCCCAUGACUGGCUUUCAAGUGACCUGGGCUGAGGUCACGACCGAGAGCAGACAGAACAGCUUACCCAACAGCAUCAUCUCUCGCUCCCAGAUUCUGCCUCCGGACCAUUACGUCCUCACAGUGCCCAAUCUGAGGCCGUCCACGCUGUACCGACUGGAAGUACAGGUGCUGACCGCGGGCGGCGAAGGGCCGGCCACCAUCAAAACCUUCUGGACGCCCGACCUCACGCUGCCCUCCGCGCACAGACCCCAUCUGAAACCCCGGCAUCCUCAUCAUUACAAGCCUUCUCCAGAAAGAUACUAAACGGCUCAAACACUGAGAACUGAAGAAGGAGCAAGCAGGUUGAGCUCCGCGGUGCAGACGCGCUGCUCCGCAGGCAGGUGUCCCGCGUGACCGCCCUGUCCCGUGUAACCUUGUGCCCUGGGUCCCUCGGCCCAUCUCGACACAGCUGGACACGAGGGACACACAGCCGGUGCCGUGGACCCCCCUUCCUAGAAUGGAGGAAAUGAAGACGAGGCCCAUCGACCUGCAAAUCGGAACAUCCACGGGCGAAUCUCUCCUGAAUGAGCGCACGGAUGGGCGCUCCCCGAUUUCGGAGCGGCGACCUCUCAGAGCCAAGCCGUGUAACGAGUACACAUGCAGACACGUACUACGCAUAACGUUCAUCAAUAAAACAUUUUUAAAUUAAAUGACUGCUCUGAUUUGCAAAAUCAAAUAAGGUGAUGCCGCUUGUAGGCCCUAUGUAUCCAAAUCUUCCCUAAGAUGAUUUGUAUCCCGUGGGAUAUUUUCUUCACCUCAGAAACGGCGACGGCGUCUCAACCACAGACGUCCGCACCUGCAGCCCCCGGGCCCCGUUCGCACAAAGCGAACGAGCAUCUCUUGGGCGAGCUGUGCUUUAGGACAGGCUCCCAAAGCAGGGAGCGUUCAGCAAACCCGCUGCUAGCCAGUCUGCCCUGCAGAAAUUAAUUAAAAUGCUUUUCUGGGGAUAAGUUGGAACGCUUCGUCCUAUAAAAUGAGAGACCUUCCUGAUAAGUUUUCUUAUUUAUGUUUCCCUUUUUCCCUCCAUGCAGAAGAGAGCUGCGGGUACGCUUUAACCCCUUCAUGUAUGUCAAAAUUUACAAAACCUCUUGCUAAAAUUGAGAAUCCCAACUGUUGAAUAUUUUCCAAUCUUUACUAAGAUUUGCCUUUUCUUAAAGUAAGCUAUUUGAAUGCUAGAAUAUUCUCGGUAUUGCAGGACAAGAGGCUUUGAUAGAGGACAGCUCUUUACUUGCCUUUAUUCUUUCAGAUCCACUCUGUGGGGCUGCUUGGCUGCAAACGCGACCCUUGCUAGCGUGGACGCGGCUCAGAGCCCAUCACCCAUGCUGGCGCUGCCGCGCACUGGGGCAGCCUUACACCCAGAAACGUUCACUUUCAUCCAGGUUUUUCUUGAGGGAGUAUCCACAGAUGUGGUUUGGAAUAUGCAUCUAUGUCUGUCUGUGUACCUAUGUGCGCGUGCACACACACACACACACACCU